AUCCCUCGUCUCUACUGUUACCAAUCGCAUUCCUCCUCGACAUCGACCCCGCAAUAAUGGGAGCAGGACCGCGCUUUGCCUACCCGAAAUACGUCUGGUCGCCCGCCGGUGGUUGGUGGACUCGCCCAGCAAACUGGAAGACCAACACCGUGGUAGCAGGUUUGGGCAUCAUUGGCUGCUCGUACUUGAUCUGGAACGUCUCUGCUGAGAGGGAGUGGCGCCAUCGCCAACCAACUAGGUGGAUCCCGAGCAUGCUGUGGGCGAGACAGUUCAGGGAGGGAGAGGUAAAGGCCAGGGAGGUUUGAGGAAGAGAUGGCACGGCAGGCGACUUGUAGCGAAGGGCGAGGCAUCAGAGACAGACCUGAGAUCAAUGCAGCGCAAGUCUACGAUAGCAUAUAUGCAGCUGCGUGCGAAUGAUGGGACGACGCCUAGCGGAGAAACAAGAGACGAGAAGCUGGCGCGGACAUGAUGGGAAUGAGGCUCUCAAUGCUCCAGCGCCCUCACGCAGGUGGUAUAUGAGGGGUCGUCGCACCGUGUCGCAAUAUGGC